AUGGCUCCGUACGAUAUUGACUGGGAAGGUCUCAAGAGAUUCAUCUCCGAGAAGGAGGGUUAUGAGCGCAACUUCGGCACCGCGGCGCCUCUCACUAAUGCUCAAAGGGCCGCAAUUCAUACCUUAGUCCCACCCCCUCAAGUAUCUCCAGAGGAAGCCACGGAUGACAUCAACUGGGUAUCUACUUUGCUGCACUACCUUCAGGUCCACCAUCUCACAUCUGAUAUCAAAUUCACCGAUGAACCCGUCCACCUUCCGAACCCAGUUGGCAAAGGCACAGAUUUGAAAUGGAGAUGUUUCACCGAGCUGCCCAAUGGUGAAGGUCCGUUUCCUCGUGAUGGCUACGGGGCUGCGGCCGACGGGGCAGGGCCAGUGUUCGCACGCAAACAGGAUGCGAAGCAGCACGCUGCCCGUUCGGUUUGCGAGUACCUGAUAUCGAACAACAGGAUGGAUAUUUCCCAAGCUGUCUUCAAGCUGAUUGUGCCAUCCAAGCGAAAACCUACCGCUGCAGCGGCAGCACCGCCUCCGACAGCGGCACCGUCUGCCCAGACAGAGGCAACGCGUCCCACCAAGCGGCAAGGCUUCCAGGACGGGGACGUACCUCGACAGAAUUUGCCGCCAACGAGUGCCAUCCCGGGCCUCUCCAUGGCGCCCUUCAGCAGCGAUGCGAUUCAGCCGCGUUCUUUGUUCCGGGCAGACAGCAACCCGCCCCCAAGCAUCCUCACACCUGGCGACUCUGUGCGACGAAGCGAACCACGGCCGGUAGCAGGCCAGGUAGCGGAGCUCGCUCGUGUCCUCAAGCUCCCGCUGCCGCGCUACGACUGUGUUGCUGACGUCGGCAGUAGGAACACCUGGUCAGUGACGGCCGAUUUUGGCGACCAUCAUCUACCGCCCGUGGGGCUCGGCGCGUUUUCGGGGGUGUUCACAAAGCAGGCUGCGAAGGAGAGGAGUGCUGAGGCAGUUUUGGAGUGGAUGAUCGGCGUGAAGGAGGACCGGGAGCAGAUUGCAAAUAAGUUCCUCGAGGGGGGGCUUCUUUGA